CUAAACAACAGGGAAGACUGGAGUAAAGGUUAGGUCAGGCCUAAAAUCUUCAACAGCUGAAGGGACUCAGUGGUAAGAGACUAGAGCAAAGCACCUACAGAGGUGCUGGCUUUCUGUUUGGGCUUCUUGCCACAACUGAAGAGCACCACUGCCAUGGCCUUCCUCUCCAGACUAGAUCUUCAGGAAUGCCUCCAAACCCUGUCUGUUUUGCAGUGGCUCCCAGUCUACGUGUUUUUAGGAGCGAUUCCUAUUUUGCUUAUACCCUACUUUCUGGUGUUCACUAAAUAUUGGAUCUUGUCUGUGCUUGCCUUAGCCUGGCUCGCCUAUGAUUGGAACACCCACAGUCAAGGUGGUAGGCGUUCAGCUUGGGUACGAAAUUGGACCCUCUGGAAGUAUUUUCAAAAUUAUUUCCCAAUAAAGCUGGUGAAGACUCACAACCUCUCUCCCAAACACAACUAUAUCAUUGUCAAUCACCCCCAUGGCAUUGUCUCUUAUGGUGUGUUCAUCAACUUUGCUACUGAGGCCACUGGUUUUGCUCGGAUUUUCCCAGCCAUCACUCCUUCUGUAGGAACCUUGGAAUGGAUCUUCUGGAUCCCAAUUGUGCGAGACUAUGUGAUGUCAAUGGGUGUGUGUCCAGUGAGUGGCUUGGCCUUAAAGUAUUUGCUGACCCAGAAAGCCUCAGGCAACGCUGUGGUUAUUGUGGUGGGUGGAGCUGCUGAAGCCCUCUUGUGCCGGCCAGGCGCCUCUACCAUCUACCUUAAAGAACGGAAAGGUUUCGUGAAGUUGGCACUGAAGACAGGAGCGUACCUUGUCCCUUCCUAUUCCUUUGGAGAGAAUGAGGUUCACAAUCAAGAGAUCUUCCCUGAAGGCACAUGGAUAAGGUUCUUCCAAAAAACCUUCCAGGCCACAUUCAAAAAAAUCCUGGGACUAAAUUUUUGUACCUUCCAUGGCCGGGGCCUCACUCAAGAAUCCUGGGGCUUCCUUCCUUUCAAUCGGCCCAUUACUACUGUUGUCGGGGAACCCCUGCCAAUCCCCAAGAUUAAGAGGCCAGACGAGACGACUGUGGACAAGUACCAUGCACUCUACAUCAGUGCCCUGCGCAAGCUGUUUGACCAGCACAAAGUUCAGUAUGGCCUUCCUGAGACCCAGGAGCUGAUAAUCAUAUAACAGGAACUAGAUCUCCCCCAUUACUAAACUCCUAGAACAUUGAGGGAUUCAGAUAGGGCUACCCAGGAAGAAGAAUUUGGGCAGAGAGGAGGAUCUCAGGCGUGAGAAAGGCCAAACAAGCCAGCAAGUACUUAAUGGACCUCGCUUGGUGGAAAGAACCAGAGGGGCAGAGGAAGAGUAGGGAACAACCAACUUUAGAAAGCAGACUCUUGUGAAUCCGCAGAUCUUUUCUGCCCCAUGACUCCAACCAGCUCUCUGAUCAAAGGAAUUAGAAGACAAAGAACACCACUGCUUCUUUCUCCCAAGCCUUAGUGACACCAUACUAUGUAGCUUUAGGCUUAGAAGACUUGUUUAGAACAGGAAUGGUUUGUUUCCUCUUCCUCCUUACAGUUUGGGA